AAUAUGCACGUUAACUCCGUUAAACGAUUCAUUUUAGAUCACAACAAAAUGUGCUAAGGCGUCUGUGUAGGUCCGGUUCUUUUUUCCCCUCAGUGAUAACAACAGCCACAGUGCUCCAUCCUCGCUGCAACUUGGCAACUCUUCGCUGUAUGGAUUUGCUACAAGACGGAGAGGUUUUGCACCGUGUUUCCUGAAUUCUGAUGAAAGAUCUAAAAUGAAGGAAACGUGAAAGAGGUUGGAUAAUUUGGGAUCUUAUACAGGUAACGGGCUCUCCGCCACGAUGGAUUAUUUGAAAUGAUUUUAAGUGCGUCUGUUGUAUAUAUCCAAUUGCAAUACAACCGAACAUGUGGAUCUUGACCAUUUCAACUAAUACGAUUUCUUAACAAGGAGGGAAAAAAAAACUAUUCUCCAUGAAAGAGGAUUAAACGCCUUUGCAUUUCAUUUCAAGAGAAAGGCGUAGAAAAGACACGAACACUAUCCGAUCUUAAUUGACGUGGUGUAACAAUCCUAAAACUAAUAUACAGCUAUGGAGCACACUGGCAUUGAAGAAGUGAACCAGACCCACCAGCAACACGAGCCCAUCAGUUUUGGAAUAGACCAGAUUCUGAACAGCUCGGAUCAGCCCAGCAGCUGCAUGCUCCCGAACCGAACCAGCGACCCGGAUUACCAGCUGGCCCCAAACGUCUACACCAAUGGCUACAACAGUGUGUACAACCCGGCCUGCUCCAUGGCAGCCGGUUUGGCAGGGUCAUACAACGUGAACAUGAACAUGAAUGUAAGCAUGAAUAUGAACGUCAACGUGAAUUCUGGGAACGCUGGAGGUGUCAUCCGCGUCCCGGCCCACAGACCCAUGCCACCAGCUCCUCACCCACCUCACCCUAGCCAUGCACCCGGUAUUGCUGCCGGGAUAGCUUCGGUACCGACAGUAGCAAACAUGGGAAACCCGGCCAACUUCACCUUCCCCUGGAUGGAAAGCAGUAGAAGGUUUGCGAAAGACAGACUGACGGCGGCCCUGUCUCCAUUCUCUGUGACUCGGAGGAUCGGGCACCCUUACCAAAACCGUACGCCACCCAAGAGGAAAAAGCCACGCACGUCGUUCAGCCGCGUCCAGAUCUGUGAGCUGGAGAAGCGCUUUCAUCGGCAGAAGUACCUGGCGUCUGCAGAGCGCGCCACCCUGGCCAAGGCCCUGAAGAUGACAGACGCUCAGGUCAAGACGUGGUUUCAAAACAGAAGGACUAAAUGGAGGAGACAGACGGCGGAGGAACGCGAGGCGGAGAGGCAGCAGGCCAAUCGUCUGAUGAUGCAGCUUCAGCAGGAGGCCUUCCAGAAGACCCUGAGUCAGCCGCUGCAGCCGGACCCCCUGUGCCUGCACAACUCCUCCCUGUACGCGCUACAGAACUUACAGCCUUGGGCUGAGGAGAACAAGGUGACCUCUGUCACCUCCGUGGCAUCCGUAGUCUGAGCACGGCUGUCUUUUUGUGUGUGUGUGUGUGUGUGUGUGUGAGGGAGAGAGAGAGAGGGAGAGAGAGAGAGGUUGUUUUAUGGGAAAGGGAAGCAGUUUGUAAACAGGACAUAUUAGGAAGAUCGGAUGCCAACUGGAAUAAAAUAAUUGAGGCUUCAUUGGUUUAGUCGUAAGAAGUCAUUUGAUGAAAGCGAGCCCCCAGCUAUAGGUUAAGUGCUUAUUAGGAGGGACUGGACUGAAGGCCUUUCUGUAUAAUCUGGUUGUUCCUUACGUGUGUUGCCUUGCUUUUCCUGAGCACAAGCGGACAGUACAGGAUAUUCAGUUUUUCUCUUUACUUUCUGGUUUUAAUGAACCGAACUUGAACUGCUUUGAAGAGCCAAAAGGGAACGUAUGCAAGUGAAAACUUUGACUGAAUGGUUUUAAUGAUCGUUUGUUUUUUUCCGUUUUUUUUUUUUUUUUUUGACACAGCUCUGUUCAAAUCAUUUAAAUUUCACUAGAUGUGUGUGUACUUAACCUCUUAGCGUGGAAUAAUUACUAGGUUCCCACUCCAGUGGAUUAAGCCAAAAGUAAACACUCCUAGCUAAAAUGCCACAGUGGAUUAAAGCCAACGUAAGCACUCCUAGCUAAAAUGCCACUUAAUUGGUCUUGAUGCUCCCACAGGAAUCUGCCAAGUUUUUUUUCAUCCCUUACGUUACCUUUCCACUCUCCCCUCAGCUGACCGUCUAACAGAGGGUGGACCUACAGUAUGUCUUCACCACCUGACAAAAUGGAUGGAUGGAUUCUACCCCAUCCAGACCGUCCUGCUGUCUGUCUACGUGCCGCGAGGCAGCACCCCGACACUGACUCAGCCAAUGACUUGUUUGUUCUUGUUCUAUUUGCUUUGACUUUGUAAAAAGAGAGAGAGAAAAAAAAAAACGACGUGA